UGGUCUCGAACUCCUGACCUCAAGUGAUCCCUGCCUCGGCCUCCAGAAGUGUUGGGAUCACAGGCAUGAGCCACCACGCCCGGCCUAUUACAUCUAUUGUGUAUGUACUAUGAUAUGCCAGACGUUGUGCAGCACACAUGGCAUGCAUUAAUCUUCCUAACAGUUCUUGAGUUAGUACUCAUUUCUCCUUUUAAAGAUGAAAAGACAGAUGCUUAAGAAGAUAUCACCAAAGCAACAGAAAAAACAUUUUGUCUUAAGAAUGAAAAUGAAUUUGUUACACAGGCUAGAAAGAAUAUUCAUUGAUGAGAAAGCACAAUAGAAGGAUUUAUGAUAGUGUUACUAGGCAUGCAUGUCUUUCUGACCUUGAACUUGUCCUACAUACAGCCCACCCUGGAGAGGCAGUCUAGUAUGGUGGUUUAGAGCACAGUGCGUGAAGCCUGAGGCCAGAAUGCCUAGGAUCAAAUCCCAGUUGUACCACGGCAAGCUGCUACUGCCUUAGAAGCACUUCUCCGGGAUUCUAUACUGGGAACCUCUGUUGUAUUCGUUUCCUAUUGCUGCUAUAACAAAUUACUGCAAACUUAGUUUAAAUAAAUAACUUUAUUAUCUUACAGUUCUGGAGGUCUGAAGUCCAAAAUGGAUGUCACUGGGCUAAAAUUAAGAUGUCAACAGGACUGCAUUUCCAUUUGGAGGCUUGGAGGAAAAUCUUUUCUUGCUUUUUAGUUUCUAGAGGCCACCCUCAGCCUCUGUCUUCAAAACCAGCAACAUUGUAUCUCUCUGUGUCUUUGCCUUCUAUGGGAACCUCUUCCUCUGACUCUUCUGCCUCCCUCUUCCACUUUUAAAGACACUUGUUACCAUAUUGGGCCAGGGUGAUAAUAGAUAAUCUAGGAUAAUCUCCCUAUUUUAAGGUUAGCGUUAAAUUAGGCUGAUUAGCAACCUUAAUUCCAAGUGCAACUUCAGUUUUCCUUUGUAACCAUAUUCACAGAUUCCAGGGAUUAAGGCAUGAAUAUUUUUGGGAAACCUUUUUUUUCCCCCCUACAUAUCUAUGUUUAAAUUCUAAAGUUGUGUAAGGCAGCUGGGGCCAGGAGAAGAUUAUUCCAAAGUGGAGAUCCUUGCCAAUGCUGAGGAUGACUUGAGUAGAACCAGUAAUUGGGUUUGAGCUAAAAAGAACUGCUGGGUGGUGUAUACACAUGCUUUUUAUUCUCUUACUAGCAUAAAAUAUAUAUAGUAAAUUCAACUUUUUUUUUUUUCUUUUUUGAGACAGGGUCUCACUUCAUUCCCCAGGCUGGAGAACAGUGACAUCAUCAUGGAUCACUGUAGUCUCAACUUCCUGGUCUCAAGCAAUCCUGCUACCUCAGCCUCCUGAGUAGCUGGGACUACAGGCAUAGGCCACCAUGCCCUGCUAAUUUAUUUUUUGAAGAGACGGGGGUCUUACCUUGUGGUUCAGGCUGGUGUCUAAUGCCUGGCCUCAAGCAGUCCUCCUGCCUUAGCCUCCCAAAGUGCUGAAAUUACAGAGUUUUACUACCCUUGGAUGCUGCUGUUGAUAUGGAAAAGAUUGAGGAACAGUUUGCUAAUCUGCACAUUGUUAAAUGUUCCUCAGGAACCAAAGAGCCCACUUAUCUUCUUGGUAUAGACACAUCAAAGACUGUCCAAGCAGGAACGGAAAACUUGGUUGCUGUUUUAUGUUCUAAUGGAUCAAUCAGAAUAUAUGAUAAAGAAAGGUUAAAUGUACUACGAGAAUUUAGUGGAUAUCCUGGACUUCUUAAUGGAGUCAGAUUUGCAAAUUCCUGUGAUAGUGUAUAUUCAGCAUGUACUGAUGGCACUGUAAAAUGUUGGGAUGCUCGAGUAGCCAGAGAAAAACCUGUUCAGCUCUUCAAGGGUUACCCUUCCAAUAUUUUUAUCAGUUUUGAUAUUAAUUGUAAUGAUCAUAUUAUUUGUGCUGGUACAGAAAAAGUUGAUGAUGAUGCAUUGUUGGUGUUUUGGGAUGCAAGGAUGAAUUCUCAGGAUUUAUCUACAACUAAAGACCCACUUGGUGUAUAUUCAGAGACACAUAGUGAUGAUGUCACUCAAGUACGUUUCCAUCCCAGCAAUCCCAACAUGGUAGUCUCAGGUUCAUCUGAUGGCCUGGUAAAUGUAUUUGAUGUUAAUGUUGAUAAUGAGGAGGAUGCACUGGUUACAACCUGUAACUCAAUUUCAUCAGUAAGCUGUAUUGGUUGGUCUGGGAAAGGUUAUAAACAGAUUUACUGCAUGACACAUGAUGAAGGAUUUUAUUGGUGGGAUCUUAAUCAUCUGGAUACUGAUGAACCAGUUACACGUUUGAACAUCCAGGAUGUCAGAGAGGCAGUUAACAUGAAAGAAGAUUCUUUGGACUAUUUAAUUGGUGGCCUGUAUCAUGAAAAGACAGACACAUUGCAUGUUAUUGGAGGAACAAACACAGGAAGGAUUCACUUGAUGAACUGCAGCACGUCAGGACUGACCCAUGUGACUAGCCUUCAGGGAGGGCAUGCUGCUACAGUCCGUUCUUUCUGUUGGAAUGUGCAAGAUGAUUCUUUGUUGACUGGAGGAGAAGAUGCACAGUUGUUACUUUGGAAACCCGGAGCUAUAGAGAAGACCUUUACUAAGAAAGAGAGCAUGAAAAUAGCAUCCUCUGUGCACCAACGAGUACGAGUUCAUAGUAAUGAUUCUUAUAAAAGAAGGAAAAAGCAGUGAUAAUGAAUUUGGCACUUUGGUAGAUUUUAUAGUUUCAAGUAGUCCUUUUUGUUUACUACCCAUGGUAGACAUGUUUAAAGCUUUAUGUAAAAACAAGCAGUUAGCAAACAGUCCGGGAAAAAUACGGGGAGAAUGGUUUAAUUCUGGUCUUCACAUAUUCUAAAAAAUUUUAAAGCCUCUAAGUAUAAAAUCAGUGAGUUGAAAGUAAAAUUUCUCAUUUAAAGAACCCAUCUGUUAAUGUAGUAAAUGUUGGGUUUAAAGAAAUAGUUCUGAUAAGGAAUUUUUAGAAGGAGAUACCUGGUAAAACUUAAUAAAACAGGUGGUUGGCUGCAUUUUUUAAGCCCAGUUUUUUACAUUUUAAAUUGUCGUUAUUGUGUAUAAAACUAGAUCAGACUAUAUUCUUCAUUUGAGGAGCAUCUAUAUGUUUAAUACACCUAAUGUAUUAUGUUGGAGUAUUUAAAUGUAAGUAUUUUAAUGAGUAAAUAGAAUUAAACUUUUUUAGAAAUAAAAUGAUAGGCAUGUAUGUAAAAUGAGAAAAACAUGUUUAGUAAAUAUUUACAUCUUUAAUAUUGUUAGUAAGUAGUAAACAGGUGUUUUGCUGAUUGAAAGGAAGUUAUCUUGGUAAAUUGAGACUCAGUGAAAUACAAAAAUGAAAAUAUUUAUAACAGGACUCGACUUGGAGAAAUUCCUAUUCUUCCUGUUGUCCAAACCAUUAAUUUGAGGAUAACCUGGACUUUUCUCUUCCCUCUUCUCCUAACCAGUUUUUCACCAAGUCCUGUGCCAUUUCACCUCCUAACGUUUGUCAGCUAUCCUUUUGCCUUUACCUCACCACUAUUAUCUUAGAGAAGACUCAUUAUUUCUCACCUGGAUUACCAGCUCAAUCCCUAAUCUGCUUUAGUUCAUCCUUCUUGCUACUUCUAGGCUAAACAUCAAAAACAGAUCUGGUAGGGGUGGGGAAAUGAGGGGGAAGAAACAAAAACAUCUGAUGAUGCCUCAUGCUGCUUAAAAUCUUCAGUACAUUGAUGUUUUGAUGUAGCACUACAUAAGCAUUAAAAAUUGUGUUUUUCAGAAUCUUUAAAAUGUAAGACAGUGCUAUGUAGUGAAUGAAAAAAUUAAUUUGAAAGCUAUCUGGAGAAAUCGCAUUCAUAAAACAAUUGGAAGUGAAGCAGUAUCAAAAUAGGGCUUUUUAAAAUUAAAAAUAUUUAAAAUUCAAAAGUAAUUAAUAGUGUUGGAAGAUGCAGGUGAGAAAAUAUUCCUGAAAGUGGAACCGAAAGAGUCAAAGAGAAAAGAUGAAAGCCACAGAAGAUAAAUAUAGGCGUCUAAAACCAGACUAACAGUUUUAGAAA